AUUCUCGCGGCAGAGACACCAACAUGGCGGCGGCAGCGGCGGCCGAGGGCGCCGAGCCCCCCCCGGAGCCGCCCCCGGCCCCGGAGCCCCCGGCCCCGCCAGAGCCGCCCGCCACCGACGCCGAGACCGGGGGGGACGCCGCCAUGGUCGAUGCCAGCGCGGCCCUGGAGACCGAGUCGGCCAACGGGAAGGAGCCGCUGGACGCUGCCGGGGACGGCGCCGAAGCCAUGGAUGCCCAGGGGGGCUCGGGGGACGAGGAGAACGCGCGGCAGCUGGGCGAGAUCGAGCUGCAGUGUGGCAUCUGCACCAAGUGGUUCACAGCUGACACCUUCGGCAUCGACACCACCUCGUGUCUGCCCUUCAUGACCAACUACAGCUUCCACUGCAAUGUGUGCCACCACAGCGGGAACACCUAUUUCCUGAGGAAACAAGCAAAUCUGAAGGAAAUGUGCCUUAGUGCCCUGGCCAACCUGACGUGGCAGUCGAGGACCCAGGACGAGCACCCCAAAACGAUGUUCUCCAAGGAUAAGGAUAUUAUCCCCUUCAUUGACAAAUACUGGGAGUGUAUGACAACGCGGCAGAGGCCUGGGAAAAUGACUUGGCCCAAUAAUAUUGUCAAAACCAUGUGUAAAGAAAGAGAUGUGUUCCUGGUCAAAGAGCAUCCAGACCCAGGCAGUAAAGACCCAGAGGAAGAUUACCCCAAAUUUGGGCUUCUGGACCAGGAUCUCGCCAAUAUUGGUCCAGCCUAUGACAACCAGAAGCAGAGCAACGCCGUGUCCACGAGUGGAAGCUUAAAUGGUGGAGCCUCUCUGGGAGGGGGAAUGGCUGCCGGGGGCAGUGGGAAGGGCCGAGGGGCCAAGCGCAAGCAGCAGGACGGGGGCACCACGGGCACGGCCAAGAAAACCCGGAGUGACCCGCUGUUCGCUGCUCAGCGCCUGCCCCCCCACGGGUACCCUCUGGAGCACCCCUUCAACAAGGACGGCUAUCGCUACAUCCUGGCCGAGCCUGACCCUCACGCCCCCGACCCAGAAAAGCUGGAGCUGGACUGUUGGGCAGGAAAACCAAUUCCUGGGGACCUGUACAGAGCCUGCCUGUAUGAGCGAGUCCUCCUGGCGCUGCAUGACCGAGCUCCCCAGCUGAAGAUCUCUGACGACAGGCUGACUGUCGUUGGGGAGAAGGGCUAUUCCAUGGUGCGGGCCUCGCACGGCGUGCGGAAGGGAGCCUGGUACUUCGAAAUCUCCAUGGACGAGAUGCCUCCAGACACAGCUGCCAGAUUAGGCUGGUCACAGCCCUUGGGGAACCUCCAGGCCCCUCUGGGAUACGACAAGUUCAGUUACUCCUGGCGCAGCAAAAAGGGAACCAAGUUUCACCAGUCCAUAGGGAAACACUAUUCCUCUGGCUACGGACAGGGAGAUGUCCUGGGGUUUUAUAUCAACCUUCCAGAGGAUACUGAGACAGCCAAAUCCCUGCCUGACACCUACAAAGACAAGGCUUUGAUCAAAUUCAAAAGCUACUUGUACUUUGAAGAGAAGGAUUUUGUGGACAAAGCAGAGAAGAGCCUAAAGCAAGCCCCUGGAAGCCAGAUCAUAUUCUUCAAGAAUGGUGUCAGCCAAGGAGUUGCCUUUAAGGACAUCUUUGAGGGGGUUUAUUUUCCUGCUAUCUCCCUGUACAAAGGCUGCACGGUUUCCAUAAACUUUGGGCCAUAUUUCAAGUAUCCACCGAGAGACAUCACUUACCAUCCUAUGAGUGACAUGGGCUGGGGGGCCGUGGUGGAGCACACGCUGGCCGAUGUCCUGUACCAUGUGGAGACGGAGGUGGAUGGCAGGAGGAGCCCACCCUGGGAGCCAUAAACCCCACACCGUGGUUUUACUGCAGAGGAGCAUCCCUCCCUCUCUCCAUGAUCAGCCAAGGAGCCAACAGGCCGAGGUGGAUGCAGCCCUGGCUGGCAGGUGUUGUGUGUGUGUGCCCCGGGAGGCACUUCUGGGGUGUUUUGUGCUGCUGCGGGGCCUCUCUGGCAGCCCCCAGUACCAUUAGAGUGUCACUCGCUGGACAGGGGGGUGUUGAAGAUCCUUCUCCCGGGCUGUGACAGCUCAGGGUGCAGCUGCCCCUGCCAGGUGUGGCUGCAGUGACCCCUGUGCUCAGGUGUGCUUGGCUGAUGGUGACCAACAGCUCCCAGCCAGGACGGCUCUGUUGGAACGACACGGCUGCAUGCAAGACUGAAAUUUGGGCUUCUGUCCAAACUGUAUUUUUUUUUUCCCCACAGACUGGAAACCAGUUUAAAAAUAAAGGCUUUAACUCUUCUUUUUA